AUGCAACAAAACUGCUUACUGGUCAAAGAUGAAAAACUAGAUGAUAAAUGGAUUAGCCGGAAAUUAUCAACUACAUGUAACUGCACUGAACUGCUUGAUCUCAAUCUGUUAAUUAAUUUGCAUUGCGAAGUUUUUCCAUUCAGUCAUGAUGUGCUGGUUCAAAUCUUUUACAUCACUAUAUUCACUGCAAUUAUUAUUCUUGCUGUGUGUGGCAACUUCACCGUUAUAUGGAUAAUCUUAUGUCAUGAACGAAUGCGUACUGUUACGAAUUAUUAUUUGUUGAAUCUCGCAAUUUCUGAUGCUGCCAUAUCGAUAUUUAACACCGGUUUUUCAUGGACUUACAAUUUCUACUACGUAUGGAUAUUUGGUUCCACAUACUGCGCAAUUAACAACCUUAUGGGUAUAGCACCAAUAUGUGCUAGUGUUUUCACUAUGAUCGCAAUGAGUAUUGAUAGAUAUGUAGCGAUCGUAUAUCCAUUGAGCAAAAGAAUGGGACAACGAGCGACAGUUAUAAUAAUUGUUGCUAUUUGGAUUGUUGCUGUACUAUGUGGUUUACCCGCUUUAUUAGCUUCAAAACAAGAAAUUAAUUAUUUUGUUGACGAAAGGAACAAUAUAUUUGUUGAUCCAAUUUGUUUGGCGGAUAACUUCCCAGAUGGCAAUGCUUUGACCAGCAAUUUGUUUGCUCUAUACAAUAAUAUCUUACUGGUUGUGAACUAUAUACUGCCUUUAUUGGUGCUUAUUUAUACUUAUGGACGGGUUGCCCUAAUACUCAGGACACGUGAAUCAAUUGGUGAUACACGCAAUCAAGAAAAUAUUAGAGCGAAACGGCGUGCAGCGAAUAUGCUAGCAUUAGUAGUAAUGAUUUUCAUGGUGUUGUGGUUACCAUACCAAUUAUAUUUUGCGGUUCUUUACACUUACGUGGGUGCAUUAUUCGAUCAUAAAAUGUCAUUGUACAUAUAUUUGAACAUCUAUUGGCUUGGCAUGAGCUCAACAAUCUUUAACCCCAUUAUUUAUUAUUUUAUGAAUCAAAGGUAUUUCAUUCAUUUUAUACCGAAGUUUUAUUUCAAUUUCUGUCUUAAAAAAGUACUCUAG